AUGGAGUGUGGGAAUGUCUCUGGUGAGGCGUCACUCCUCCCUGGACUUGUAGGAACUCACAGUGUACAGAGGCCAUUUGAAUGUGAAGAGUGUGGGAAAUCCUUUACGGAUUCCUCACAGCAGAGUCAACAUUUGCAAACUCACAGUGGAGACAGGCUCUAUGAAUGUAAUCAAUGUGGGAAAGCCUUUCGCCGCACCUCAAGGCUCACGAGACAUAAAACAGUCCACAGUGCAAAGAGGGCUUAUGAAUGUAAGAAGUGUGGGAACACUUUUAUGGAUUCCUCAGAACUGACUGCACAUAAAAGAAUCCAUAGCGGAGAGAAGCCUUAUGAAUGUAAGCAAUGUGGGAAAACCUGUAGACUGUCCUCACAGUGCAGGAGACACAUGCGGACCCACAGUGGAGAGAGGCCCUAUAAAUGUAAGAAAUGUGGGAAAGCCUUUGUUAAUGUCUCAGGCCUCAUAGUACAUAGAACAAUUCACAGCGGAGAGAAGCCUUACGAAUGUAAGCAAUGCGGGAAAGCCUUCAGAUUUUCCUCAGAGUGCAGGAGACACAUGGGAACCCACAGUGGAGAGAAGCCCUAUGAAUGUAAACAAUGUGGAAAAGCCUUUAGAAUAACCGCACAUCUUACAGCACAUAGAAUAAUCCACAGUGGAGAGAAGCCUUAUGAAUGUAAGGAGUGUGGGAAAGCCUUUAGCAGAAUCUCACACCUUAAAACACAUAGAAGAAUCCACAGUGCGGAGAGGCCCUAUAAAUGUAAGGAGUGUGGGAAAGGCUUUCUAACACCCUCAAGGCUUAGAACACAUACAAUAAUCCAUAGUGGAGAGAGGCCUUAUGAAUGUAAAGAAUGUGGAAAAGCCUUUAGAACAGCCGCACAUCUUACAGCACAUAGAAUAAGCCACAGUGGAGAGAAGCCCUAUGAAUGUUUAGAGUGUGGGAAAGCCUUUAGAACAACUUCACAACUUAGCAGACAUAAAAGAAUCCACUGUGGAGAGAGGCCCUAUGAAUGUACGGAGUGUGGGAAAGCCUUUAGAAGAACCUCACAUCUUACAGCACAUAGAAGAAUCCACAGUGGAGAGAGGCCCUAUGAAUGUACAGAGUGUGGGAAAGCCUUUAGUCAGGCCUCAAGCCUCACACAACAUAGAAGAAUCCACAGUGGCGAGAGGCCCUAUGAAUGUACACAGUGUGGGAAAGCCUUUAGUCAGGCUUCAAGCCUCACACAACAUAGAAGAAUCCACAGUGGAGAGAGGCCCUAUGAAUGUAAGGAUUGUGGAAAAGACUUUAGAAUAACCGCACAUCUUACAGCACAUAGAAUAAUCCACAGUGGAGAUAAGCCUUAG